GGGCCGUGCCAUGCCCAGAGCCCUUUGUGACCUUGGGGACACUGCCAGGAACGCCCCUCCCUCAGGAGGCCGCACUUCCCGGGAUCCCCCAGAGGAUCCCCCAAGCCCUCUGAGGCUCAGGAUCACGGAGAUGGCGGAGAAAGCAAAUCCCAAAUCCCAGCCCAAGAAGGGGCAGGCGACCCGCCAGAGGAGGGGCCAGGUGGCCGUGCCCCACGCCAGGCCGGCCCAGGAGGUGACAGCGCCUGCCCGGCCCGCGCGCGACCCCGGCACCGGCCACCGGCCGCUGCCCCCUGCGCUGGCAGCGCCCCUGACCGCUCCUGGCCGGAGCAGGGCCCCGGCCAGCGGCCACCGCCCGCGUGUCCCCAGCGGCCAGGACAGCCCGGGGAUGGCCACGGCCACGCGGGGCCAGGCAGGGGACCCUGGGGACAGCACGGAGCCGGCCCAGUGCAGGGUCAGGGUGGCCCGGCUGACCGAGGCCGGGCUGAGGCAGCUGGGGGGGAUCUCCAGGCACCAGCGGACCCUGGAGUGGCUGGAGAGCACCUUCGCCAGCAGAGCCGAGGUCGUGGCCGAGCUGCAGGAAGAGCUGGAUGGAUUCUGGGAGUUCCAGGAGCGUGAGAAGAAUUAGGGUGGAAAAGGCCCCUGAGAUCAUCGAGUCCAACCGGACCAAACUCCACCACGGCCGCCAGGGCCACGUCCAGCCCCUCCCUGGACACCUCCACCACUCUGAGGGACAGGCACCAAAGGGGAAGCUGAGAAGGCAGAGCCAGACCCUGCUCAGGACAAGCUGAAAUACAGGAAUUCCCACGGGAAUUCCCAGGAAAAGCCCUUUUCCCCGUGAGGAUGACCCACCACUGGGACAGGCUGCCCAGAGAAGCUGCGGAGCUCCAUCCCAACGGGAUGUGGACCCGAGAAGCUCCUGUAGCUCCGUGGGGAGCUGGACAUGGUGAUCUCCAGAGCUUCCCUCCAACCUUGGUCCGUGGUGCUGUGAGGAGGGGGACACCUUCCCUAUGGAGCUUCUGGAUGUGCUCCAGGGACCACGGAAUGGCUUGGCCUGGAAGGAACCUUGGAAACCACCCAGUUCCACUGCCUGCCGUGGGCAGGGACACCUUCCAUUACCCAAAGUUCCUCCAAGCCCCGUCCAACCUGGCUGUGAGCGCUUCCAGGGUCUAGAAACAAAACUAAGAUGAACCUUCCCACCCAACACCUGUGGAAAACACGUCCUGGAGCAUCCCAAUAAAGAGCUUUUACACAGA